AUGGCGCUGCAGUUAAGUGGGCAGCCAGAUCCUGAAAGUGUGGUUCUAGGCACGGAUGGAGGGCGCUAUGAUGUUUACCUCUAUGACCGCAUGAGGAAGUCUGUGUAUUGGGAAGAGGAGGCGGCUGAAGUGAGACGCUGUACUUGGUUUUACAAAGGGGACACAGAUAGUAGAUUCACCUAUACAGAGGAGUUCAGUGAAAAACUGGAGGCCGAGUAUAAAAAAGCUGUCACCACAAAUCAGUGGCACCGCAGAUUGGAGUUUCCAAGCGGAGAGACCAUCGUUAUGCACAACCCAAAGGUUAUUGUCCAGUUCCAGCCUUCUUCAGUGCCAGAUGAGUGGGGGACGACACAAGACGGACAGACAAGGCCUAGAGUUGUAAAGCGUGGAAUUGACGACAACCUCGAUGAAAUUCCUGAUGGGGAAAUGCCUCAAGUUGACCACUUGGUGUUCAUGGUACAUGGCAUUGGACCUGUGUGUGACUUGCGCUUUAGAAGCAUUAUUGAGUGUGUGGAUGAUUUUAGGGUGGUUUCUCUCAAGUUGCUGCAGACACACUUCAAGAAGUCUGUAGAUGAUGGGAAAGUCAGCAGAGUGGAGUUCCUUCCAGUUCACUGGCAUAGUGCCCUGGGUGGGCAUGCCACGGGUGUUGACAGGAAUAUCAAGAAAAUCACGUUGCCAAGUAUUGGUCGGUUCCGGCACUUUACUAAUGAGACUCUGCUAGAUGUUCUGUUUUAUAACAGCCCUACCUACUGCCAGCCAAUCGUGGACAAAGUGGGAGUGGAGAUGAACCGGCUACACUCGCUCUUCCUGAGUCGCAACCCGAACUUCAAAGGAAAGGUCUCCGUUGCUGGUCACAGUUUAGGUUCUUUGAUACUCUUUGACAUCUUGUCUAAUCAGAAAGAUAUGAGUGUCUCUAAGUCUCCGGGGUCUAUGGCUGUUUCUAAUGGAGUUAUGAAACAACUAAAUUUUCAGGAAAAGCAGAUACCCGAAGAGUCAAAGCUGAUGUCAGAUGAAUCAUGUGACCUUGAUGUUGAAAAUGAAGAACCCCUAACUUUGCAUGGAACUCUGGAAGCACUCAGCCUCUUUGAUUAUAUUAGCACUUUUGAAAAGGAAAAGAUGGAUAUGGAAUCUCUGCUUAUGUGUACAGUUGAUGACCUGAAGGAGAUGGGGAUACCCCUUGGGCCCAGAAAGAAGAUAGCCAAUUUCGUAAAACUCAAAGCAGCCAAACUGGAGCAGAAAAAAGCAGCAUCAGAAAAGAAGGCGGUGCUGGCCGCUGUGACAAAAGGCCAGGAUGAGAGUGCCCUGAAGACUAAGGAGAUGGCGCCUCCGUCUUCAGAGUCGGAUGAGUCAAAGAGGAAGCUUUCAGUGGGGGCUUCUGUGUCCUCUGUGCGAGUUGAUUAUGAGUCUUUUGAAGUUGGCACAGGACAGGUUUCUGUCACUUACAACUCUUUAGACUUUGAACCGGAGAUUUUCUUUGCCUUGGGCUCUCCAAUCGGCAUGUUUCUCACUAUUCGAGGUGUGGACAGGAUUGAUGAGAACUACCGCCUUCCUACCUGCAAAGGCUUCUUCAAUAUUUACCAUCCGCUUGAUCCAGUGGCAUACAGAUUAGAACCUAUGGUCGUUCCGGAUUUGGACUUAAAAGCUGUUCUCAUUCCACAUCAUAAAGGCAGAAAGAGACUUCACUUAGAGUUGAAAGAAAGCCUUUCUCGAAUGGGAUCCGAUUUGAAGCAGGGCUUUAUCAGCUCUCUGAAAAGUGCGUGGCAGACACUCAAUGAAUUUGCACGUGCUCACACCUCUUCAACUCAAUUGCAAGAAGAAUUGGAAAAGGUGGCCAAUCAGAUCAAAGAGGAAGAAGAAAAGCAGGUAGUCGAAGCAGAAAAGAUUGUUGAAAGUCCAGAACUUUCCAAGGAUGAGGACUACCUAGGAAAGGUUGGAAUGUUAAAUGGAGGCCGCCGGAUUGAUUAUGUUCUUCAAGAAAAGCCAAUCGAGAGUUUUAAUGAAUAUCUUUUCGCUCUUCAGAGUCACUUAUGCUACUGGGAAUCUGAAGAUACUGCCCUCUUGUUACUUAAAGAAAUUUAUCGAACGAUGAACAUUAGUCCGGAGCAGCCCCAGCAUUGAGCAGACUUGUGUUUUACUGGGAAGUUCCAGCAUGAGUGCCAUGGCUGAGAGGCUCCGUGGCCAUCCCCUCUUUGCUCCUGUGAUGAUGACAGACAAGUGACUCGGCAACAGUAGCUAACAUAGGCUUCUCAGAUGUAGGAAUUGAUUGUUAAAGGCACAGAAUGGAAAGAAAGACACUGGAAAAAAAUCAGUACCACACUUGGACAGUAUAGAUGAAAAACUGCAACCAUAAAAUGAUGCUGUGGAAAAUUCUCAGAUCUGUUUAGUUGUGUAGUUACAGAAAUUAAGUGUGUCCUAAUGAAGAGAUAUUUGUAGCAUGCAAACAGUUAUUUCUAUUUCUUGAAACUAUUGUCAAUGGGCUAUUAAACUUAUAUUUUUCUUUGUAUUAAUGCAAUAUGUUAUUUUUAUUUAAAUAUGGACUUCUUAAGAAACUAUAGUAACAUGAUUUUUAAGAAACUUAUGCUUGGUUGGGCGUGGUGGUUCAUGCCUUUAAUCCUAGCACUUGAGAGGCAGAGGCAGGU